UUUUUUGGGGGGUUGUUUUUUUUUUUUUUUUUUUUUUUUUCAUUUUUUUAAUCAGGACACUCAACCAUGCUGCUACUGCUGCUAGUACACUUACUAGGACUACAAUCUUCACUGCAACUACAGACGCAGCCGCCCGGCCGCUGUGACAUCCCGCAGAGGCUUGACAUGUACACGGUGUGCACGUCCUGCGCGGCGGUGACCAGCAGUCUGUGCCCGCGCGGCUUCACCAACAGCGGCGUCAAGAACUGCAGCUACCUGGUCCAGAUCGGCGGCAAUAAAGUCUUACUGGACGGAUGCCACCGCCUUUGCGUUAAGAGCUUCAUGCAGCCACGAUGCUGCCCGCAGCACUGGGGGCCACUUUGUCUCCCCUGUCCCAGCUGGUCGGGGAAGACCUGCAACUUCCACGGAACCUGCAUGGAUGGAGACCUCGGCAACGGGACCUGCGUUUGUGACGAAGGCUUCAGUGGGUUUGCGUGCCAGACGUGUAGCAAGGAGGACACUUUUGGCAGCAACUGUGACAAAGCGUGCGACUGCGAGCACGGCGUGUGCGAGCAAGGCCCCGAGGGCAGCGGCCAGUGCUUCUGUCAGCCGCCGUACGCGGGGAAGCGAUGUGACCAAGUGAACAACCGGUGCAACUCGUGCGGCGCAUACUCAUACUGCGAAGGAGAAGGAGACGCCGCCACUUGCCAAUGUUUGCCAGGAUACAGGAAGUCGCCGAAGAACAAAUGCGCAAGCAUGUGCGUGUCGAGCAGCUGCGACGUCAACGCUCAGUGCUCCACGCAGGGGUCAAAGGUCAGCUGCGCCUGCAAGGCCGAUUUUGAGGGUGACGGCCGCGUCUGCGUACCCAAAAAUCCUUGCGCCGUCAACAACGGCGGCUGUCCCCUCAACAGCACCGUCUGCGUCUUUAAGGGGCCCAACAAGGCGGCCUGCGAGUGCAUGUCCGGGAUGGCUCCGGUGGGGGCCAGCCCCAAGUCGGGCUGCCGGCUGCUUUCGUCCUGCUCGGCGGGCACCUGUCACUCGUCGGCCGUUUGUGAAACUGGACUGGAUGGAAAUGCCAUGUGUGUGUGCAUGCCGGGCGAGAUCAGCGAUGGGCGCCGUUGCUAUGGUAACAUGAUGGAUCGUCUGCAGGACCUGAACCGCAACGGAGUCCAGAAAAACAAACUCAUGGGGGCCUUCGAACUCUUUGUCAAAGGUUGUCUAUCGCUGAUGACUCACAACGGACCGUUCACGGCUUUCGUCCCUCAGCUCCAAACGUCUCCGAGCUCUGGGAACGAGGAGAGGGUAUGUCGCGACCACCUGAUCCUGGGUCAGCACCUGCUGCGGGACAUGGCGGACGGCCGACAGUUCAACAUGUACGGAGGCGCCAAAAUGAAGUGCAAAGACAACAAGCGUUUCAUCAUGCUGCACGAUCCCACGCGGGUGUAUGCUGUCGUCCAGGCCGACCUGCCGGCCGCCAACGGCAUCAUCCACAUCAUCGACCGGCCAAUCACGGGCCCCACUGACGACCUGCCUGCUCUUGUUCCUCUUCCUCGUCUAGCAGAGUUCGCAACAUUGAACAUCGGGGAGGUUGUGAGAAAAGAGCCCGCCUUCAACCGCUUCCUGUCACUCGUUGAUAAUUGCGGUGCGAUCCUGCCCCUGAACGGCCCAGGGCCUCUGACCGUCUUCAUCCCCAGUAACCAGGCCGUGGACAACGCCAGAGACGGCAGCAUCCUCUACAUGCUCAAUGAUGCCAAACCCAAACUUCAAGAACUUCUCCGGAACCACAUUUAUUCAAAGGGCAGCCUGACGUCCGAUGACUUAAUGUCUCUUCCUCAUAUCGAGACGACGGCCAAUCAGCUGCUGACCAUCUCCACGUCCGCUGAGGGCAACCUCCUGCUGGGCGGCAAGGGCGUGCGCGUGCUGUCACCCAACAACCGAGUGCUCAACGGCAUCAUCCACUUGAUUGACGGCCUCCUCUACCCGUCCACCAUCCUGCCCAUCAUGCCGCACAGAUGUGAUGACGUCCAAAGCAAAAUCGCACAAGGUCCGUGUGUUCACUGCAGUUACCUGUAUGAGACAUCCUGUCCGGUUGGCAGCACUGAACUGGACACUCACCUGAUUGGCUGCGACUACACGCCGUCCCCUCUGCAUCGGUCGCCGAGCAAAGGCUGCGCCAAGAACUGCAACGUCACCACACGGACGGCCGAGUGCUGCAAAGGUUUCUUCGGGCCCGACUGCAAGCCGUGCAUCGGUGGCUUCCAGCAUCCCUGUUACGACAAAGGAACGUGCUUUGACGGUAUCCGCGGGAACGGGUCUUGCAGCUGUCAAUCACCCUUUGAGGGCGUGGCCUGCCACAUCUGCUCCGACCCAUCCAAACACGGAGAGCACUGCGAUGAAGAAUGUCACUGCGUCCACGGCGUAUGCGACAACCGACCGGGCAGCGGCGGCGUGUGUCGGCGCGGCUCGUGUCUGGAAGGUUUCUCCGGGGAGCGUUGCGAUAAAGCGGCCACGCCGUGCAACGCCGACGGCCUGAUGGAACACUGCCACAUCAACGCAUACUGCACGCACAACGGCCUGCAAAUCACGUGUGUUUGUCGGGACGGCUACGAAGGCGACGGCCACUCAUGCACAGCCAUCAACCGCUGUCUGAAGAGCAACAGAGGAGGCUGCCACGCCAACGCCGAGUGUGUGUAUGUGUCUCCGGGAAACGUCUCGUGCGUCUGCGUGGAAGGUUGGACGGGUGACGGGCGCGUGUGCGUGGAGAUCAACAACUGCCAGACGGAUGCGCGAGGAGGCUGCAGCACAAAUGCAAAUUGCAACCACAUUGGACCCGGACAGAGCGAGUGCGUGUGCAAAACAGGUUACAUGGGGAAUGGUGUGGAUUGUGACUUCAUUAAUCCCUGCUUCAUCAAAAAUGGAGGCUGCCAUGAGCUGGCAAGGUGUGAGCAGACGGAGGGCGGCAACCUCACGUGCACGUGUCCUGACGGCUACGAAGGAGACGGAACCAUCUGCUAUGGAACCUUAAUGGAGGAGCUGGACAUGAACCCGGCACUGAGCAGCUUGUACUUCAUGAUCCAUAGGUACCCGAAUGCCGCCGAGGACUUGAGCGGUAACCUGACCGUGCUGGUCCCGGCCAGAGGGGUCCUGCGGAACAUGAGUGAGGCCGAUGUCACAUUCUGGAACACAAGACACCACCUCCCGCACAUCCUGCGGGCUCACUUCCUGCCAGGGAUUUACUCCAUGGAAGACAUGCAGGGGAUGAUUGGCCGCAAGCUGGCCUCCAUGAACCCGCUCACCCAAUGGGAGAUCACGAAUAGCAGCAAGGGAAUUCUCAUCGGCGGCGCCGCCGUCAUCAUCCGGAACCAGCCUGCCAUCAACGGCUACUUCCACGUGAUUGACAAGGUUUUAUUCCCGUCCCGUUCGGACCUCCCGCCCGAGCCUCCCACCCUGACGGCCUUCCUGGAGUCAUCGCCUAACUUCAGUCUGUUCCGUCAGUCCGCUCUGAUGUACAACCUUUCCGAGGAAGUCAAGCAGCUGGAGUUCACCCUUCUGCUGCCCACCGACGACGCCAUCCGCCAGUACCUCAGCGACAGCAACUCCACCCAGCUGGACGCCGACGUGUUCAAGUAUCAUGUGAUUCGCAGACAGCUGCUCUUUCCCGAUCGUCUGUAUGACGGUAUGCUCAAGAGCACGCUGCUGGGCGCCGACUACCAGGUCCAGUUCCACCUGGACUCCAACAACCGGACGAUGGUGAACGACGUCCCACUGGACGGCGCCUUCACCGAGACGCAGUAUGGCGUCGUCAUGGUCCUCCCGCGCGUCCUCGCCGUGCGCCGCAACAGAUGCACCCAGGAGAUCACCGUGCAAGUCAACGGCCGGUGUACCGCCUGUGACGGAGCCCCCCGCUGCCAAAACAGAUACCAGCCGAUCGUAAUGCAGUUCCCGGAGAACAUGAAGCCCAACUGUCGAUUCAGAAAGCGCGUGGGGUCCCGCAGGAAGUCCGUGCUCGGCUGCGUGAUAAAAUGUCUGCAGAUUGCCAAGCAUCAGUCAUGUUGCCCUGGUUACUACGGUUCCGAGUGCUUCAAUUUCCAGGGCACCGCCUGUGAGGACUGCGAGCCGGGACGCUACGGCGUCAACUGCACUUCCAAGUGCGCGUGUGAUCACGGGAAAUGCGACGACGGCUUGUCAGGAAGUGGCAAGUGUGCGUGUCACAAAGGCUGGAAGGGAGCAUCGUGCUCCAUUGAGAUCAAGGACGACGCCUGCGGAGGAGUUUGUGAUGAGAACGCCAACUGCAUCACGGGGCCGCAGGGAAGCGCCCCCGCCUGCGUGUGCGUCGCCGGCUACAAGGGCAACGGCACCGUCUGCAAAGAGGUGGACCUGUGCGGCCUUUCCAACGGCGGCUGCUCGCCAUUCGCCACCUGCGCCAAAGUGUCGGCGGGCGUGCGUACCUGCACCUGCAACACCGGCUACACGGGUGACGGCGUGGUCUGCCUGGAGGUGGACGGCUGCCUGGUCAACAACGGAGGCUGCCACAAGUCGGCCGACUGCAUCAGAACAGGAGCCGACACCGUGGCGUGCAGAUGUCAGAUGGGCUUCCAAGGGAACGGCAGGUUCUGUUACCCCAGCAACCCCUGCAGAACCAACAACGGCGGCUGCAGCAAAUAUGCCCGCUGUGAGUAUUUGGGUCUGGGCCAGAGGAACUGCUCCUGCCUCCGAGACCACGUGGGCGACGGCUUCGAUUGCCGCGGGACCACCAACGCUGAGGUGUUUCGAAACCCAGAAAACGCAUUGCUCCGUUACAUGCUCUCUAAGUCAGAUGCUCGUGGUCUUUACGGCGACGGGCCGUUCACCGUCUUCGUCCCCGUCGACAACAACGAAUCGUAUAACACUGUUAAUGAGUGGAAGUUGUUUGGGCGUCUGAAUGAUCUGGUGCGGUACCACAUCGUUGCCUGCGAGAAGUUGACUUUGAACGACCUCCAAAGCACCCAGCAGGCUGUCUCCACGUCCGGAUACACGCUCAAAUUCAGUCUGCAGCAGGGCUCGGUGUGGAUCAACAGCGCCUCUCGGAUCGUCAAGAGCGACUACGCCACAUCCAACGGCGUCAUCCACUACAUCAGCAACAUGCUGACUCCCUACAAGCUAAGCACCAAACAGCGCAUCGGCAAGAUGAACUUCACGGCGGCCGCUCAAUUUUACGGCUACAGCAGUUUCUACAAGUUAAUCGAGCGCGCCGGCCUGCUUCCGGUGCUGCAGUCAUCCAUCCACCGUCCCUUCACGAUAUUCUGGCCCACCGACCGAGUCCUCAGCUCGCUGCCCCCCGAAAGGCAACGCUGGCUCUCCAGUCCCGACCACCAGGAGGAGCUGGCCGCCACCGUCAAAGCGCACAUCAUACGCACUGCCAGGGUUCUGGGUGUCAGUCAGCCAAGUAAAUACUCAUCCUUCCGCACCAUGCAUGGAUCAAGAAUCAAGUAUAGCUGUGACAAAUCCCUGGUGGGCGACAUAUUGAUCAAUGAAAACGCAGCCAAGGUGGUGGAGCGCUACCUGAGCUUUGACGAGGGCGUCGCCUACGGCAUCGACCAGCUCCUGGAGCCGCCCGGCUUGGGGGCGCACUGCGACAGCAUCGAGAACAGAACCACCUAUGGCCGCUGUGGCCGCUGUCUCUACCCUCCACCCUGCCCCAUCCGACACCAGGACAUGGGCCGUGUGGAGAGCUGCUUGAGAAGUCGCAGCAGGUACUCGCUGGGCUACAUGCGCUGGUCCGCCGACCUGGACAACCCCCUGAGCCCGCUCCGAAACAUCGGUUGCAAGCGAGUGUGCAGCUUCCCGGGCUGGGUCCAGAAGUGCUGCAAAAACCACUACGGCAGAGACUGUCAGGUGUGUCCAGGCGGCGUGGAGUCUCCGUGCAGUGGCCACGGCGAGUGUAGCGACGGCUUACGCGGCACAGGAAAGUGCAAUUGUCCCGCCGGCUUCCAAGGAGACGCGUGCGAGAUGUGCACGCCGGGACGUUACGGCGCCAACUGCACAGCGUGCGAGUGUGGUAAACAGGGAAUUUGUGAUGAGGGCAUGGACGGAUCGGGCCAGUGCGUGUGUCGGCCAGGCUGGAAGGGCGAGCGCUGCGAAAUUGACUUGGGUUCCAUCCCCGAGGAGUGCCAUCCAUGUCACACUCAGGCCGAUUGUCUUCCAGAGGUGGGUUGCCAGUGCAAACCUGGUUUUCAGGGCAACGGCACUUUCUGCGCUCCCGAGCCACCUCCGGAUCUAUGCGGCGAGUAUAACGGCGGCUGUCACCAGGACGCCAACUGCACCCAGAUGGGACUGCGGGUCAACUGCACCUGUCGUAGCGGUUACCAGGGUGACGGCUACUCCUGUGACCCCAUUAACAGGUGUGUGGAGGAGACAAACGGCGGCUGCAGCGACUUUGCAUCCUGCAAAUUUACAGGCCCGAACGAGCGGGAAUGCGAGUGCUUGCCGGGAUACGUCGGCAACGGGAUUCAGUGCCUGGACAAAGUGGUGCCCCCUGUUGACCGUUGCCUGGAGGACAAUGGCGGCUGCAGUCCCUUGGCAACCUGCAAGGACCUGCAUUACCACGCUAAUACGGCGGGAGUGUUCCACGUCCGUUCGCCGGAAGGGAAGUACAAGAUGAAUUUCAGUCAAGCGGACGCCGCCUGCCAGGCCGAAGGGGGCGUGCUGGCCAACCUCACACAGCUGGGGGACGCACAACAGCUGGGGAUGCACCUGUGCGUGGCCGGCUGGAUGGAGGGCGGCAAGGUAGGGUACCCCACGCGCUACCCGAGCAUGAGGUGCGGCGAAAACCACGUGGGCGUGGUCCUCUACAAGGAUCCUGUGGAUCAGAGCAGCACAUACGACGCCUACUGCUACAGACUCUCAGACGUUGAUUGCAAGUGCACGGACGGCUUCGAUGGGGACGGCAUCUUCUGCAACGGCGUCCUGAUUAACGUCCUGGGGUCUUACAGCAACUUCACCGUCUUUUACAAGUCCUUGUUGGACUACAGCAGUUUGUCUGCGCAGGGCCAGCGUCUGGUGGACGUUUUGACUCAGAGGCAGUCGGAGGUGACACUAUUUGUGCCCCACAAUGACGGAUUCACCCCCGGCCAAGUGCUCUCGGGUCGAGAUGUGGAGUAUCACAUCUCCACCAAUCACGUCAAACGAACAUUUAAGGAGCUGCGACACCAAGACGUCAUCCCGUCCAUGCUUGGCUUCGACCUGUCUGUUACCCACGGCAACAACGAGAGUCGUAAAUUGGUCAACCAGCGCCUCCUCCUGGCCUGGGACAUCCCGGCGGUCAACGGGAUCAUUCACGUGAUCGACGCGCCGCUCACGGCUCCGUCAGCUCAGGCUCCCCGCCACGCUUCACGCGGCCACGCCCACUCCAGCGGCACUGUGUCGGCCAUCUUGGUGUCGCUGCUGCUGACCGGAGUGGCGGCAGGGAUCGGAUACUACGUCUUCAAACACAAAACGGAUGCCUUCAGAUUUCAGUACUUCAAAAAUGACGACGAGGACAAUCCGUCGGGUGGCCCGUCCAAACCCGCCCUGGUUUCCAUCCCCAAUCCUCUGUACAGCGGCUCCAGAGCCUUCGCCGAACCUUUUGGGGAGAGCGGUCAGGGGGCGGAGCCGGCAGAACCCGAGGAACCUCCAAAGAUCUUGGACCUGGACCAGUAAAAGCGUUUGUUUGCUCGCCGGUUGACUUUUUUUUUUUUUUUAAUGGCCAUUUCUUGUGUAUCCAAAAAUCAAAAGCUGUCGCGCAUCAGGAAGACAAAGUGAUUGUCAAUAAAGGUUUUGCACUAAUCGUUUUCUACCAA